UUUUUCACAGCCAUUUAUUAGAUUCCUCUGUUGAUGGCCUCCUUCCCUUUUCUAUUGGAUUGUGUAAGACUGAUUGCUCAAGGAACCCAAAAGAGAUAGAGAGAAAUUCAUCUCUGAAAUUUUCUCUUCCUUGGUUCGAUUUUUCAUCAUCUGGUUCUUCUUGUUUUCCAUUUUUUUUACGAAUUUUCACUCAUGAGAUUUUCUGGGUUUUUGUUUGGCUUGUGUUAGUUCUUCUGCAGAAAAUCUGUCUGGGUUUUUACUUGCAGAGAAGCCUUGUUGAUACCCAGUUUGUGUAUAUUCCAUUUAUAGCUUGAUAAUAACAACGAUCAUUAAUUUCUUUCCGAAAUCUCUUGUUCUAUCUAUAAAUCUCUGCCUGGCAAUUUCCCCCGUGAACAAGUUCUAUAAAUAUUAAUAUUCAAAGGAAAAAGGGAAAAAAACAAAAAGAGAAUAUGGGGAAGCAAGGGCCGUGCUAUCACUGUGGAGUUACGAGUACGCCUCUCUGGAGGAACGGGCCACCAGAGAAGCCGGUGCUAUGCAAUGCAUGUGGAUCGCGGUGGAGAACAAAGGGAACAUUGGCAAACUACACUCCACUUCAUGCUCGUGGUGAAGCUGAAGAGAAUGAGGAUCACAAGGUUCAAAGGUUAAAGAGCAUAUCUGUAAAUAAGACCAACGAAACAAAGAUGGUCAAGAGGAAAGCCGAUCAAGAAAAUGUCAUCGUUAAAAAGGUUUCAUCAGGAUUCAAGAAGGUGAUAGACGAGGAUGCUAGUAAUAGAUCAAGUUCUGGGUCGGCUAUAUCAAACUCUGAGAGCUGUGCACAGUUUGGAAGUGCAGAUGGGAGUGAGUUUACAGGUCCAGCGCAGUCUAACGUGUGGGACACAUCCGUUCCUUGCAAGAGGAGGACAUGUGUGGGCCGACCAAAGUCAUCUUCUGUUGAAAAGCUCAGAAAAGACCUCUACAAUAUUCUACAAGAGCAGCAAUCAUCGUGUUUCUCUGGUUCAUCUGAGGAGGAUUUGCUUUUCGAGAAUGAAACACCGAUGGUUUCAGUUGAAAUAGGACACGGGAGUGUUCUAAUGAGGCAUCCCUACUCGGUUGCUCGGGAAGAGGAGUCUGAAGCCAGCUCGCUCUCAGUGAAUGAGGCUCACUCACACUCCGUGAAGCCUAUUGGCAAUGGAGCUGCAAAAGCUCCAGACUUUGGUGGACAAGCAAUUCAGCAGGAGCAAUUCAAGAGGGCCAAGUCUCAGACGGAAAAAUUACAAAUUCUAGGGAGUCAUGGUUCACCACUUUGUGGCAUAGAUUUGAAGGACGUUUUCAACUUUGAUGAGUUCGUGGGACAAUUCACGGACGACGAAAAGCAGCAACUGAUGAAAUUGCUUCCUCGAAUAGACUCUGUUAACCCUCCUGAUAGCCUUAGAAGCAUGUUCGAGAGCUCUCAGUUCGAAGAGAACUUUUCCUUGUUUCAGCGACUUGUGGCAGACGGUGUCUUUGAGACGUGUUCGCCCUCAGGUGCCAUAUCAGAAGGCUGUAAGAUGCUUAAGAAGCUUGCUUUAUCUGAUCUUACUAAAUCCCAUUUGGGUGCAAGCUAUUACCAACUCAAGGAACGCAAAAAUGGGACAGUGGACUCUUCGACUACGACCGUGAGAAUCCCAAACCAAAAUCCACCAAGCAAUCUCACAGCCGUUAAGAGACUUAGUGAGAGGCAAAACAAGAAAAUAUCAGAGACGAGGGCUGUGACGAGGAUCCCCAAACGGGUGAUGAAGACAAAAGCAGACCAAGAAACCAAAGAGAGGGAAGAGGACAGCUUGCCAUGUUUCAGCCCCAGAAGCCUGGAAGUCAGGUUUGAGUCAGAAGAAAGCUGGGGGGCGUUUGGGUAUGAAGGCAGUUGUGGUGGUUCAGAGCAAGACCUUCUUCUGGAUGUGCCAUUGAAUGGGUCUUUUCCUCAAGCAGAGUUACUUCACCAGCCAUAAGUGAGGAAAAAGCUUCAAGCUUUCUGUGUUCCCCCAUAACAAAGAGAAAUAACUCUUUAGGGUAUUUUUCAGUGGGUGAAGUGAAGCCAUAUGAGAUCGCUGCAUUACGAAAAAACACUUGAAAGGGAAGGGAUUUUUUGUGCGAGUUUUGAGGCUCUUUUAGGAGGUAUGGAGUCUAUAAAUAUAUCAUAUAAAUGUCUUUUUUUUUCCUGUGUUCCUCUUUUCUGUGAGCUUUAUGAACUCGAAGAACAGAGGUUCUGUUUCUUUUUUCUG